AUGGACUCGACCCCCAUCGCCUCCUUCCUCGACUCCACCUACCCAACCCCACCCCUCCUCCCCUACGACCCAUCAAUCCAAUCCCGCGCCCGCGCCGCCGUCGGCCCCGCCAUCCGCAUCUCCAUCCCGCCGCGCGAGCUGUCUAUCCUCUCGCCACGCUCGCAGGAGUACUUCCGGCGGACGCGGGAAGCGGCGCUCGGGGGGCAGCGGCUGGAGGAAUUGCUGGAGAAGGAGGAGGAGGUGUGGAAGGGGGCGGAGGAGGAGAUGAGGGAGGUGGCGAAGGUGUUGAUGGCGAGGGAGAACGAGGGGCUGUUUGGGCCGAUGCGCGAGUGGCGGCCGAGCCAGAUGGAUUUUUGGAUCGCGGGCGCGAUGCAGGCGGCGAGAUGCAAGGCGCCUGCCCCGGAAGUGUCCAAGAACGAUGUGUACCUGCUCCAGAGGUCCUCGGACAAUUCACUGCCCGUCAAGGUCGAUCCCACAGCUGACGUGCCUGGAGGCCGCCAAUGCGACGAGAUCUCCUACAAGUCAACAGCUCCGCCGCCUCCCUACAGACCCGGCGCGACGGGAUCCGCACUUCCAAUGCUCAGCGGAGACGGCGCGCGAGCGAUUGACCGUAAUGUCAGAAAGACGGAGGAGGCUGCGCAGGAUGCGAACGGUGCCCAGCAGCAGGUCGUCAACGUGCAUGACAUCAAGCACGCCCGCAUCUGCAUCGCGCCGUGUACGAUGGAAUCGAGUCCUUCUGCUACAACAACUGCAGCGUCUUCCACCGUCACGUCCUUCGCGUACGGUAGCGCGGUGCUGGCCACAUCACAGGAGGAUGACGAGGAGGUUGAUACCAAUAGCUACGGCGAAUUGUGGGGUCUCGGCCAGCAGCUCGCGGCGCCAGAAGGUGUUGCAAAGCGACUUUGUCGUUGCGGAUGGCGGCGUGGUUGCGCGUGUGACUGGUGCGUUGCAGACGGUGAAUGGGACAGCGAGGAGGAGUAG